GACGUCGAGGCCUGACUUGCACUUUGUAGUCAAACAAACACCAUCCCUCACAACCCUCACAUCACCCUCAUCUCAACCCUUGACUCUUGUUUAUCCAGACUUCAGUGUCAUCGCCGAUCCUCAACCUCAUAGACGAGGAGCCAUUUCCUCAUAUUCUACACCAUCAUCGACUUGCCCGUUUCGUUUCCCUUUGUUCUCACUCUCCCACUCAAUCCGCACUUGAUGUCCUGCGUCUCUCAUCAACAUGGACGACGCUUCACUUCAUGACACCCUCAUCGAUCAAUUUACGGCUGUCGUAGGCACCUCGGCUCAAGAGGCCCGACAAUGGCUCCAAGACAGUAAUUGGGACAUCGAUGACGCCGUUGCCAAUUAUUACACUGCAACUCGAGAUCCAGACACUAAUGACUCUGAUUACGUCGACGACGAUGACUUCGAACCAGCUGCCCAACCCACGUCGACUUCUGCUCACAGUGCUGGUCGUCGCUUAGGUGAUGGCCCCUCCGAUUCUUCUUCUUCCGUUCCUGUCUCCUCGGCCGCUUCGUCCUCCAAGCCCAAAAGGCAACCACCCGCGACGCAGAAAAAGUUUGCAACACUGGGAGACUUUGGCUCGAACGCAGACAAUGAUCAAGACUCCGAUGACGAUGAGAAACAAGACCUUUUUGCUGGAGGAGAGAAAUCUGGUCUCGCGGUCAAAAACCCAGACGAUCUCAAAAAGCGAAUUUUGGAAAAGGCACAGAGACGAGGUCCACCACCGAAGGAGGCGCCACCUGCAAAAUCCCACUUUACCGGUGCUGCCCGUACUUUGGGCGGAGACGAUGAACCCUCGCGCGAGAUCCCUGUCGCUCCACAAACUCGUCCUCGUGCCGAAAGAGUCGAACGUGUUCUUCAUUUCUGGCAGGAUGGUUUUAGUAUCGACGAUGGAGAGCUGUUCCGUUUCGAUGACCGCAGCAACACCGACAUUCUCAAUCUGAUACGCCAGGGUAGAGUUCCGCUUAACAUCAUGAAUGUUCAACCAGAUCAGGAAGUCGACGUCGAGAUCAAACAGCACGAGGAGAAUUACGUCAAACCCAAAAAGCAGUAUCGGCCAUUUGAAGGAGCUGGUCAAAGACUAGGCAGUCCCACUCCAGGCAUGCCCAGUAUCCCAGGAGCAUUUACAUCCGAUCCCACCCCAUCAACCACCUCGGCACCUUCCAACACCUCCUCCGCUGGCCCUCCUACCACUGAUGUAGACGAGUCUAAGCCUACCAUCACUUUGCGAAUCAGCCUAGGAUCGGGUACUCGUUUGACCUCUCGAUUCAACACUACUCAAACUAUCGGAGAUGUCUACGACUUUGUGCGCAGGGCCCAACCAGGAGGGCGAGAAUUUGUGCUGCAGACCACAUUCCCUACGACUGAAUACAAGGACCACACUGUCGUUCUGGGAGACAUUGCAGACUUCAAACGAGGUGGCGCGGUUGUGCAGAAAUACGUAUGAUAUCACCUGCAGAGAAGCCAAGGGUUGCCCUGGCGCUUCCACAUACGUUGUGCCACUACCAGGGAUUUAGACAUCACAAGGAUAGAAAAUAAGACGCCCCAAAAGUGUCCAAAACGACUUGAACCAUGGGCUCUGUUUUUAG